AUGGCAGCAAGAAGUUCUUUGAUGCGCUUUGCCUUCGUCUGCAUUGUCUUGGCCGUGUUGGUCAUGACUGCUGAGUCGCACAACAGAGUCAGCCAUGGUCCGGCUAAGUCUCCAUCGUCCCAUGAUCCCAAGGCUCAUGCUCCGGCACCAAGUGCUGCCACUUUCUCUGCCUAUCCAGCUCAGCUCAUCGCCACCGCAUUGGUCGGUGCCUUGUCUUUCGUCUUCUAA